CACAAGUUAUCAGUAACACGGCGAUAACCGCUCCAUCGUCACGGUCUACCUGUUCAACUGUUGUUUUUAAGUGUUUUUUUAGAAAUAUUUUGCGGAAAAUUACGCCAUUUCUUUAAAUUUUCACGUCCUUUUCAACCCUUGCGUUUGUAACGCUUUUCGGGAAGUGUUUCAAUAGUCCUUAUGGUUUAAUUUCAUGGUGUUAUCGUAUGGUAUUUGAGUGUUUGUUACGGUAUAAAGGUUAUGUGAUAAACUGAAGUUUGUUGUGUGUGAAGGUGGUUCGCAGUGGAAUUUCAGCGUUCUAGUGACAAGAUAAACUGUUCUAUAGGUGCCGUGGAGCGUAUCAACCUAUCGCCAAUUUACUUUUGCCACAACCAUGGAAGCGAUUGAGUCAAAUCGCCAGUCUCCCAAAGUGCAGUGUAGUGAUGAAGUGAGUGAUGACAAGAGUGAAGUGUCGGUUAAGAUCGAGGACGAUGGUGAUGAGGUGAUGAGCAGGGGGACGCAGAGGGAGAACCGGCUCACCAGCAUCAUUGAUCAGCUGCGGUGCCAGAGCAAGAUGAAAGGCAAUGUACAGCGGGACUCAUUUGCUUUCGCAUCUAGUAACGGUGAAGGCGGCGGCGGCGGGGGCGCGCGGCGGUGCGCGCGCGACGCGGCGUCGCCCGCGCACGCACCGCCGCCCACGCCGACCCCAGCGCCGCACGCGCCCGUCAAGAGCGAGCGCCUCAGCCCGCACGACUCCAACGCUUCUAGGUCUCGUAGCGUGACCCCAUCGACAUCGUCCUACCCGGGCACGCCGCCAGAGCGCGGCAGCCCCCACGCGGCGCCACCGGCGUCAGCUCAUCCCCCGCGCAACUACUCCGACAUCAUGCGCUCGCUCGCCGCGAGGUACAACUCGCACAAUAAUAACGACUACUUCCACCGCAUGAAUGGCUUCGGCGAGGUGCGCACAGCGGCGCCCGCGCAGGACACAGACGCGCCGCUCGGCGGGCUGUUCACGAAGCUCGCCAGCAAGCAGGGGGGCCCGCCGCGGCUGCCUGCCUUCCCCGUCAUGUUAGAUAUGAGCUCCACUAAGACGUUGCUGGCGAUAUCGCGGGUGGGCCGGGGUGGAAGGUCGCGGCGCAAGCGGCACGGCGCAGGCGUCCCCGAACACUCGCCGCUGGACCUGUCGGCGGCGGGGGAGAGCGCCGCCAAGCGCGCGCGUCUCUCUGCCAGCCCCAGCACCAGGAGCGACAGCGAUGACAGAGACAGAGUCUCUAAUGAUGAUCGUAGUGAUGCGCGCGGCGAGUGCCUCUGCGCCGAGGCUCGCGCGCGCCUCUCCGCCUGGUCGGUCGAUGAAGUCUGCGACUUUAUCAACACCAUCGAUAUCUGUGCCGAGUACGCAACGAAUUUCCGUGAGCAGCGAAUCGACGGCUCUGGUCUUCCACUGUUAACGGAGGACCACUUAACAGGGAUGCUGCAGAUGAAGCUAGGGCCCGCUCUGAAGCUUCGGGCCGUGCUGUCGAGGCGGCUGGAGCCUUGCGCGGCCUGCCAGGCCUCGCAGGGCACCCUGGCCUCGCAAGGUGCCUCGCCUCGCAUGAAUGGUGCAGCCCUCAAGCCUGAGCCCCGGAGUAACACGACGAGCCCCAGUUAGGACUUCGGAAGUAAAAUAGUACUUUUAAUGCGUAUCGUUCCUUUACAACUGCUUUUUGUUUGCGUUGAUUAUGUUGAUGAGUUUGACAAAGCAUAUUUAAGUAUCCAGUUUCGAUUGGGAAUUUCCAAUUAUAUUUUAGCAUUUUCUGUGAAAACAAAAAGCUGUUUUUUAAGAUACAUUACUCUAAGAUUGACAUCUGGAACCAUUCUGAGGUCGCAAGUACUUAAAGCUUGACCUCUACUUCAUUUGAUACAUUUUUUAACAAUCAUAAUAAUACUAGUUUAAUGAUAGUCAUCUGCCUGCAUUCGUACAGUCUUCCUGUUCAUAGAUAUUGCAUUUAGUUAUUAUAAGACGCUUUAGUUUUAAUCUAGUUUCGUAAGAUUUUUGUUUUGUAUAUAAUAAACGAGUUGCCGUCCAAAUGUUUUAAAUGUAAUACUUGCGUAAGAAAUAUUUUUGUAUGUUUAUUAAUUAAUCCAAAUAUGAGGGGUCAGUUUUGAAAUGUUUAACAACCCCAAGCAGAGCUCGCAUACAAAAAUAUUUUAUAUAAAAACAACGAAAUUAUUUCGGUGCUAAGACCCUGUUUAACUUAAAUAUAUUGUAUAUAAUGGCCGUUAUGUAAAAAAUAUUGCUUAAAUAAUCGAGGCUACGCGUCUACAGGGUCACAAAGUUUAUACGGUGUGUAUAUAAAUACAUUAGUUGUAUAGAUGUAUAGUUAUAUAUACGUGGAUAUAUGAUAGCAUUUAUUUACACCACACCUGAAGAAAGCUCAGUAAUACCGAUCUACAAUAUAUAUGUUGUAGUUUAAAAUGUUUAGCUAGUUGUAAAGAACUUAACUUCACAGUGAGCAUAAUAAUUUUCUUUGUAUUUCGUCUGUAAUGGAGGAUUAUGUAAAUAAAUGUUGUAACGAUCACUGUUUGUAGCGAUGUAACUGGUUAGAGAAAAGCUUCGAAGAAAAGACAUCAACGAGCACUUUCGUAUAUUUAGAAUACAUUUUUGUUCCAAAUCAUGUAUCUUAUAAAAUUCUGUUUAUUUGUACUGUAUUUUAAGGUAUCUAUAGUGCCUUAUAUCAUAACUCAAAAACUCUUUCUUCUAUCUGAACUUUUUCGCAAGUUUUUUCGACUUUAAUUUUUUUCUAAAAUUGAUUAAAAAUACACCACUGUUUUCUAACUUCAAAUAAAGUGAUCUUUCUGAACCAGUUACGGACAAAACAACAUCGUUUAAAAUAGAUAUAGAUAAGUGUAUCCUACAGAUAUUGUAAACAAAACGUGGUUUCCUGUGGUAAUCUCCUUAAUUGCCAAAAUAGAAUGGUUAAUAAACAAUAUACUUAUUUAGUAGAUAAAACAGGUUACUGGUGAUAUACGAACAUGUAAACUGUUAAAAAAAUAACUUGUGACUAUAAGUACUAUCAAUAUUGAGACAUUUGACUUGAAACUUGCACAAAAGAGAUUCGGCCAAUCAUUUUUUAUUACAAGUUUUUCCAUCAACAUUUUUAAAACGUAAUUUUCGGUUUGCGUACCUAUUGUUGCAUAAUAAUUUUCAGAACAUCCAGUGUGUACUCCAAACUAAUUGUUAUUUUUUUUAUAAAUCUUGUCCUGUGUUGUCUUAAAUACCAGUGUCGACGCGUGAAGGGCGAAUAUUCAAACAUCACUUAACUUUUAAGUCGUUCGUAAAUACAUUUCAUGUCUACAGUACAUACCAGUGGUAGAAUUAGGUUUAAGAUCUACUUAAAAUUAAGUGACGUUUGAAAGACAUUCCGCUAGAAUUUCUAUCAAUAAGUUUUCGAGUCAUAAUGCCUUUCAAAAAUAAAAAAACUAUCCCCAGUGACCUUUAAUUCGUAUUAUGACCAACAUAUCAUCAACGUAAGGUGCUAUUUCGGUACGUAGAUAUAAAAACUGUGCCUAGAACGGUCUUCCUUUAAAAUUAGAAUAUACAAUUUAUUACAAAUAAUUAUUAUAAUGGUGAGAUUCCACCAUUUGAGAUACAUGUACAUAAACGCGAGCCCAUUUCUAGGUUGUGUCCGCGCUCCAAGGUUAUAAUUUCGCGGACAUUUUAGAAAUGUUCGCACGCAAUUCGCUACCGUUUGCUAGAGCGAGUAGACCAGAAGAUACAUUUGUAGAACAUCGGUGGAAUCCCCCCUUAACACUUUCAGAAAAGUAUUACGGUUGUACGCUUUAAAUUGGACGAUAAUAAUACAAUGAUAAAUAAUAAUAAAUAGUUUUCUAUAGAAUACUUGACGAAUUAUUGUUGAUAAGUAAUUAUUUUAUUAGAUCUUUAUAGAUUUGAUCACAGCUUUUAUUACGUAACUAACGUUGUAAUGGACCAGUGACUUACUGAGUAUAUAGAGAAUGUAAAUUUGUACCUAUAGUUAUUCUGUGUUAAGUACUUUAUUGAAAUAACAAUAUGAUACGUAACAAGGCCUGCUCUUCAGUUUUGUAACACUGACAGUAAAAAUCGUAAAGAAAUCAUUUUUUUUUUAAUAAUGAAUGACUUGUUAUCUACAAGACUUUGGUUAUUGUUAUUUUUAAUGUAUAAUUAUUGUGUAAUAUAACAAGGUUUUAGUCACUUUGUUAGUUUCCUUGCGAACAUUGUACUUAGUUAACUAUUUAGCUUGUUUAGUCGAGUUUGAUCCAACCCUUUAAAUAUUUAUGUGAAGAGAAAUAAAAGCGACAAUUUAAUGAAACUA